GAUGUUGUCCGAGUAGGCUGCAGUCCCUCUAGUGCGAAGAGAGCAGCACAAAAGAGAGACUCUACAGCGGUGGGUAAUUCAUUGGUCCAUAAACGGUCUCCUUUACGUCGAAGCCAUAAGACCUCAGCAUCUCUGACCAAACUGUCGUUACGUGAUGGACAGAAAGCCAAAAAGCCACUGUGUAAAUUUGAGGAAGGUCAGGAUGUCCUAGCUAGAUGGUCAGAUGGCUUGUUUUAUCUUGGAACUAUCAAAAAGAUAAACAAACUGAAACAGAACUGCUUCAUUAUAUUUGAAGACAGUUCCAAAUCCUGGGUUCUCUGGAAGGACAUACAAACAGGAGCCACUGAAAGUGGGGAAAUGGUCUGUACAAUAUGUCAGGAAGAGUAUUCAGAAGCACCAAAUGAAAUGGUUAUAUGUGAUAAAUGUGGGCAAGGCUAUCAUCAGCUGUGUCACACCCCAAAUAUUGAUUCUAGCGUGAUUGAUUCAGAUGAUAAAUGGCUCUGUCGACAGUGCGUUUUUGCAACAACAACAAAGAGGGGUGGUGCUCUUAAGAAAGGACCAAAUGCCAAAGCACUGCAAGUCAUGAAACAAACAUUACCGUAUAACGCAACAGACCUUGAGUGGGAUGCAGGUCAUAAAACCAAUGUCCAACAGUGUUACUGCUAUUGUGGAGGACCUGGAGACUGGUAUCUAAAGAUGUUGCAGUGCUGCAAAUGUAAGCAGUGGUUUCAUGAGGCUUGCGUGCAGUGCCUCCAAAAGCCAAUGCUUUUUGGUGACAGGUUUUAUACGUUCAUUUGCUCAGUUUGCAGUUCUGGACCAGAAUACCUCAAACGUUUACCCUUGAGAUGGGUAGAUAUAGCACAUCUAUGCCUUUACAACCUAAGUGUUAUUCAUAAGAAGAAAUACUUUGAUUCAGAGCUUGAACUCAUGGCCUACAUUAAUGAAAACUGGGAUAGAUUGCAUCCUGGUGAGCUGGCAGACACACCAAAAUCUGAAAGAUAUGAGCAUGUACUGGAGGCAUUAAAUGAUUACAAGACCAUGUUUAUGUCUGGAAAAGAAAUCAAGAAAAAGAAGCAUUUGUUUGGCUUGAGAAUUCGUGUUCCUCCUGUGCCACCAAAUGCUGCUUUCAAGGCUGAGAAAGAACCAGAAGGAACUUCUCAUGAGUUCAAAAUUAAAGGCAGAAAAUCAUCUAAACCAAUCCCUGAUGUGAGGGAUUUAAGUAAUGGUAUAGAAAGAAAGGGGAAAAAAAAAUCAGUAGGUCGUCCACCUGGUCCCUAUACAAGAAAAAUGAUUCACAAAACUCCAGAGACGUCUCCUCUG